ACUGGACCCUACCAUUCCCCCGCGACACAGGGGACGCGAGAGGAAAAACGGCCCCAGUUUUAAAUAAUUACACACAAAUACGUCAGCAAACAGUAACUAUUUAAAAAUGUUAAAACUAUAUAUGAGGAAUUUGUUACAGUUUACCGGUGAAUCUUUUGAAUAUUGUUUUUCCGGACAUCCCCGGCAAACUUGGAUGAUUCCUAAAAUGGCGGCGGUAUCUGUCAGUCUGGAGUGAAACUUUCCCAUUUUAAGCGAAGAAUUUAACAUUAUUGUAACAAAUUGAGGUCGCCCGUUUAUCAAAUUAAUUAUUGCCGGACUACAGAGGCGUCUGACAGUGACCGUCCGGACCGAGCAGCGUCAUUUUGGGGUCUGGUUUUGGUUGCCAAAUCGCCGGGCUUCCCUCGAAGUUGACGGUGGCUAACGUGAAGUGGCUGACAUUUCUAUCGCACCGACUGUUGUUGUCAUCACACUGCUCAACGCGGAACCGCCUGCUGAGAUUGGCCGUCGGCCGAGUAGCUAGCUAGCUAGCUUGCGGGUCAAGUACGUUGAAAUCGAGUCGGCGGCUUUUCGUUGUACUGGGUCCCGUGUCCGCACGUCAGACGGAAUAGAGAGGUGGUGUUGGAUGUCACCACCAGUCCCUGUCAUCAGCCUCAAUCUGGUUUGCUAGCGUCGGGCAGCCAUCCUGGCAAAUCAAAUGGAGAAACUCCAGGACCUGAGCCAAUCAGAGCUACAGGAGCUCCUGGACAACCCACAGAGGGUGGAGUCCAUGGCUCUGGAGUCCGACGAGAUCCAGAACAUCCAGCUGGAGAGAGAGAUGGCGUUGGCAUCCAACCGCAGCCUGGCCGAGCAGAACCUGGACGUGAAGCCUCGGCUGGAGGCGGAGAAGGAGGUGCUGGUGGAGAGGUACUCCCAGCUAGAGGCCAUCAGAGAAACCUACAGACAGCACUGCUCCCUGAGAGAUGGGAUGGUGGGUCAGGUGUCUCCAGAGGCAUUGUUCUCCAGACUACAGACAGAGGGCAGCAAAACAGAGGCCGAUUCAGAGACUCUAGCUGAUGAGUUUCUGGAGGGCUCUCUGCCGUUGGACUCCUUCCUCGAUGCCUUCCUCUCGCUGCGCUCCCUAGCUCACAAAAGACGGGUGAGGAUAGAGAAACUCCAGGAGAUCCUACGACAGAGGAGCGAGGGCAAUCCCAGCGCCAUGACGUCAUCAGCCGGCGUCAGCCAAGACCCCGCUGCCGCGCCCUCCCCCUGGAAUCAACCGACAACAACGGCGACGACGGCCAAUCAGCAGCAGCCAAACUCCACAGCUCAGUCCUGCAGCUACCCCUCACAGCCGCCCUCCGCAUCCGCAGCGGGCCCCUCUGGCCUCCCCUACACCCCCUACCCCGUCUCCCCACCCAACCCUCCCCCUGCGGCUGCCGCGGCCUCCGGCGCGGCCAACCCCCCGUCACAGUUCCCUCCCUACCCAGGUUCCGUGGAGUCUGAGUUUUUCCUCAGCGCCACAGCCCAGUGUUUGGCUGCUUUAGUUGGCUUUGAGUCAACAACAAGGGAUGCAGACCUCACCGUUUCCAGUGCUGAUGAGCCGAGCAGCCUCCGGGUCCUGGGAACCGCCGUGCCGAGCACAGAGGAGGGGGAGGUGAAAGUCGCCGGGGCUUUUGUUGCCUCUACGGCGCCGUAA